AUGUCAAAAGAAGAGGGGACCGAGUCAAAUACAUCGUCUCGGGAAUCUACUCCGGCUUCUGACACCCAGCCAAACACUUCCAAGUCCGGCUCAGCAAAAAAGGCGAACAAGGUUUCGAAGCCUCGUCUGACAGCAUCGCAGAAGAACUUCAACCACAAAGAUGCCGAGAACAAGCGACGCACAGCCAUCCGUGAACGCUUUACCGAACUCUCACAACUCGUCCCGGGAGCUCUGGGUCAUGAAAGAAGCGAGCAAAUCAUGCUGGGGAAAACCACUGAAUUUUUGAGAAGCAUGAUCCUGGAACAACGUAGACUCGAAGAGCAGGCUGAAAAACAAGGCAUCGCGAUUGAGGACGGUGAGAGGCUGAGGGAGGAUGAUUUUGGUGGUCCGAAGUGGAGGGCAAGAAACAUGGAGCAGUACGAGGCCGGUAAGCAGAAGAAAGAAUCCGGCGACUCCCAACAGGCAAACUAUCAAGGAGAGGAUGAGAAUGACUAG